CGCCCGUGGCUUUUAUUGAAAACUCAACAAAAAGCGCCAGCGCCUGAAUCUCGGGCUUUGUCGCUCUAAACGUACAAAAAUAUACAAUAUAUGUGUCAAUUGUUUUUAAACCACCAUAUCAGUGGUAAUUAGAAAAAAAACAAUAUUUAUGGAAUUAAUCCUCUACAUCCCUUCUCUCUCAUCUCACUUCAUCUUCUUUCCCUCUACAGAAAACCCUACCCUCCAAAAAAAAAAAGGAAUCCCUACCCUAAUACAUCGCCUCUCUUCAUCUUCCGCCGUCAACUCCUCUAAUGAACAAUACCCCUUAAUCAAAACACUCCCUUGUGAAUUCGACCAAGUGAGCUUCGAUUGAGGCUUAAUAGCAGGGAGGACACAAGAAGAGGCGAGUCGCCGACCUCGCCACGGCUGCCAGCGCUGCUUCGUCCUUGUCAAAAGGCGAUGUUGCUUCCUCUCUUACGGCGACUACAGGGGCCUUCAAUACUCUGGAUCUACCUUCUCUGCACCCACUUUAAAGCCUGGACUAGGAUUUUGUCACUGGGAGCAGGCCGCGCUGGUUACUUGAAAGAGCAGGAGACGAGCUGGGUUGUUUUUGUUUGUCCCUCUGUUUCUUGUCCAGAGGAAUUUUCCUUAUUUGGUGGAGUUUAAUUGAUUUUUGUGUUGCGUGUAGUGAUGUUGAUCUGUAGAAGGCGAGAAAGAGAAAGUGAUGAUGAUGGGAAGAUGGUGACGAGCAAGGUAUUUCGGGAAAAAGAUGACUAAGACGAUGCCCAGAUCUAAUGGCAACCCAGACUCACUUCUUCAUCAAAACCCAAUCGCCAUGAUUCAAUUGUCGCUACGACUACGUUUCUGGGUUUCUUGGCUGAGCGGCGACCACUGGCGGCGAUAAGAUUCUAUCACAAAUAAACUUCGUCAUUUUCUGAGCAUCAAGUAUAAUUUAUUUCAGACCACGAUAAUUUAUGCAACGACAGCCAAAUAUUUGUCACAAACAGUUUUUUUAUGACGCCCUAACGAAUUUCCACUUUUUGCGAUGGGACUUUUUCCCAUGUCGACCAACGACUGUAUUUUGUCGUAACUAGCCAUUUCCAACGAAAAUGGUCUUUUCCAACGCCAAACGUCUGGUCAUAACUGACUGUCUUUUUUGUAGUGUGUGGACCUGGUAUCACUUAAGGUUAGUGUCAAGUGCAUUAUGUUAAAGUUGACAGAAUAUUCUUGGAAUAUUUCGUCUUCUAAAUUUCAGAAUUGGUUCUUCUCCUUUUUGUCAUUGUAAAAAAUCUUUCAAACUUAUGAAAAACAUUAUUUUUUAUUGUUUAGUUGGAAUAAUCUUUUGAAAACUUUGUUUAUACAAACCAAUUUUUGAUUAAGAAAUUUAGAAUCAAUUAUCAUUAUAAGUAUUUUUUAUGGAUAAUUAUCAUUAUAAGUAUUUUUAAUUAUAUAUUCUAGUAUAUUUAUUAGUGGUGCUUCGAAUUGUAUUGGCGGUUUAAAUAGAACUUAUAAUAUUGAUUUUAUAUAUUUAUUAUUCCUUCUUGAUAUUUGUUUAUUAUUUUUACUAAUUUAUCUAUUUUAUUGAAAAAAUUUCAUUAGUCAUUCUAGUAAUAUUAUGUUUAGAAGUUUUUCUAAUUUUUAUCUUAGAUAAUACUUGUUGAAAUAUAAUUUUGGAUGUUUUUAAAAAUUUGGGUACCAAAAGGUAAUUAAAGUUUUGGGUUGGAUGAAAAACUAAAUGGAUGCACAUUUUGGCGAAUUUAAUGCUGAAUCGCUAUUCGUCACCCUAAAAUUUAACUUUUUUCGCCCUAAACCAUAUUACAUUGACGUUUAUACCCCUAUUUUCAAUUUCAAUCCUCAACCCCUAACUUCCCAGUUCCCACGAGCAAAGUUCCGGCCGCCGCCGCUGUUCACUAUACACUCUCCUUUUCUAGAGCGAUAAAUCUGUAAAAGAAAUGAAGUAAAACGAAAAUCUAAGCAGACUGAAUAAAAAAUUUAUGAGUCCAAAUUAUUAUAUCCCAAUAAUCCUUCCAUAUCGGAGAGAAUCUGUUUCAGCUCUAAUCCACAACCUAACUACUCUCCGUUCUCUUUCUCUACUUGUUCCUGGUACGUGCCUUCUUCUUUCAAUCCCUUUAUCUCCCUGCUGUCUUAUUUUGCUUUCCAAGUUGUUAACGUGUUUUCUUUAUUGAUUGUGCUCGCUCCUUUUCCUUUACAUUCUAAGUUUGUUUCUUUUACUGUUCUGUUUAGUUUGGUUGGGCAGAAAGUGAGGGAUUCCAACCAGUCUCCCCUGCUCAUGACCUUCUCACAUACAAUAUAGAAUUAGAAACCAAUGCAGAGGGGAAGAAAGAAGUGGGAUAGAAAUGGGUUAUCGAUCUCUUGAACUCCGACUUGGGUUUCAUAUAAGAACAAGAAUAGGAGAAUAUUUAAAGUUAGGACGAGAACAAGGCAGAGGGGAAGAAAGAAGUGGGACAGAAAUAGGUUAUCGAUCUCUUGAACUCCGACUUGGGUUUCAUAUAGGAACAAGAACAGUAGAAUAUUUAAAGUUAGGACGAGAAAGUGAAAUAAGGGCAAUGGGUAUUAUAGUAAAUUUAACAUAAUUAGGGCGACGAAUAAGGAUUUUUAGGGCGAUGAAUAGCAAUCCCCUAAUGCCCGAUGCCCUAUUCAAACCUAAAUAAUAUGUGUCUCAAUUCAUAAACUUAAGUAGUACCGAGGUAUUUUACCCACUCUACACACCCUACACCUUGUAACUUUCUCGAGGAUGUUUUUAUGAGUUAGGAAUAUAAUUAGGACGGCUUCCAUCACUUCAUCACAUGCGGACAAAACUGUGAUUACUAUGUCAUCUUACAGCUUAAUUAUUGCUCCAAAGUGGAAAACUAAGACCCGGCUACUACAGUCUACAAGACACAAAAGUCAAGGUCCAGCCAGCCAAAGAGAUUAGAGAUGCAUUGCCCACAACAGAGCUAUCAAUAUCUCUUUAAAUAUGCCAUUGCCAUUGAGAGAUGUACAUAACAAUCAAAUAGGACCUCCAGUCCACUGCAGCCAUCACAAAACAGACCAAAAACCCAUCGCCAUGGCCGAUCAAGGAGAAGUGAAGCUGCUGAAGACAUGGUCGAGCCUGUUCGGUCUGCGGGUCGUUUGGGCGCUGAAGCUCAAGGGCAUACCCUACGAGUCCGUCGAUGAAGACCUCACCAACAAGAGCGAUUUGCUUCUGCAGUACAACCCUGUCCACACGAAGGUCCCUGUUCUCAUUCACAACGGCAAGCCCAUCUGUGAAUCGCUCGUGAUUCUCGAGUACAUCGACGAGACUUGGAGCCAGAAUCCACCUAGUUUGUUGCCUCAGGAUCCCAUCCAGCGCGCCUCAGCUCGCUUCUGGGCCAAAUUCAUGGACGAGAAGGCGCUUCCAUCGAUGUGGCAAGCCUUCACAAAGAAAGGGAGGGAGCAAGAGGAAGGACUGGCUUCGAUUGCAGAGAAGCUCAAGUUGCUGGAGGCAGAGUUGGAAGGCAAGAAAUUCUUCGGCGGGGAAGAGAUCGGAAUUCCUGACUUCGCAUUGGGCUGGCUGGUCAACUUGGUGCCGGUCUUCGAAGAGAUCCUCGGCCUCAAAAUCGUGGACGAGGAACGUCAUCCGUCUUUGUCGGAAUGGAGUCGAAGGAUUUCGGAUAUCCGUGUGAUUGAAGAAAGCUGGCCGCCCCGUGACAAGCUCGUCACUAAAUGGGCUGCUAUUCGCGACCAUUUCCUUGCAACGGCGAGGGCGUCGUCUGGUUAAUGAAUGGGGACCUGGAAGUCUUGGAUGAUCGUCGGGACUGCUGCACGCCACUAUGGUUUGAAUCUAGCCUUGCUUUGAAUAAACAACAGAUGUUGAUUCUAUUCUAUCUAUAGCAUUGGGGAAGAAGUAAACUUUAGGCUGGGGAUUCUGGGCUUUUUGUGGUUUCUUAAACGAAAUACAGCAAGUCCCGUUUAAAUGUUAGAUGACUACCACAUUUCAUAUGAAAAUUAGACAGACUUAUAACUCCGUCAUUUCAUCCGUUGAUAUGAAUAAUACUUUCAUCGACAAUGGUGCAUUGUGUCAACCUCACCAAAUAAAAAUCUGCAUCCCCCAUUCCAUUUCCUUUUGAGCUAUAUAAAGUUUCUGUUUGAGC